AUGUGGAAGGAGAGUAAGGAGGAACAGUUGGCGCUGGUUGUAACUACAGGGGCUUCGUUGCCACCAAGCGACGGUUCGGACGCCGACUUGGAUUAUGCCUUAGUUGGCGGGUCGGGUUUGCACACGCGUUUGUUCAAUAUUGUUAGCCCGAGUCAUCUGGGUACGGGUGCGGUGGCGGCGUUAGGGAAUUUGGUGAAGGGCGUCGGUUUGGGGUUGCUUGUCUUGGUUGCCGCUCCAGUUGCAGGCGGCUUAACGGAAGGUGCGAAAGGCCUUGCGAAAGGGCUCGGGUUUGGGCUAGCGGGUGCGGUUGCGUUACCCAUUGGAGGCGUGCUUGCUGCAAUCCUCCAGCUUGUGCGCGGGGCCUUUAACACGGUGCAGGCAGUACGCCAGAUCGGCAAGAAAACGGUUUACAACGGCCAGACAGGAGAGUGGGGACCCAAGUACCGCCGAUUGUCGGAGGAAUUUACCGACGCCAAAACGCGCUAUGACGAAUACCAGAAAGAGAAAGCCACCCGCAGGACUACUGGCUCCGGAGGGGGCAGACGGAGGCUGGGCAAGGUGGUCGACACGGAGUACUAUGACGUUUUGGGUGUGGCCCCCGACGCCAGUCAGUCCGAGAUUCGGAAAGCCUACUACAAGCUAGCCAAAGAAAAUCACCCCGACAAACUACAACAGCAAGUCAAAAACGACCCCGAAGGCGUCGAAAAGGCCAAGGAACGAUUCCAACAUGUUGGAGAGGCCUAUCAAGCCCUGGGCACCAAGGCUUCGCGCGAGGACUACGACCGCAAUGGAAAACCGACUACAGAGAAAAAAGAGUUCUUUGACUACGUCUUAUUCUUCGGCCUCCUGUUCGGUAGCGAAGCCCUGUUGCCGUAUGUUGGGGAGUUGGCGCUAGCCAGCAUUGCAGCGGGAAUGAAAACCGACGGGUCGGGUUUCUCCUUCAAGGUUGACGACAGAGAGCAGAGCUUUCGGGAGCUGCAGCUCGCCAUGAAUUUGCGGGAGAUGGUCGCGCCUGCAGUGGAGGCGCUGAAGGCAGCGGGCUACCACCAUGACAACGGCGGGACUGACGUUGAGUGGAACACAGACUAUGAGGAGUGGAAGCAGCGACAAGCGGUAAUUGCGGCUGACUUGUGCAAGGAGUCGUUCAGUCGACAGCUCCUGCGGGCAGUCGGCUUCAGCUACGUCAACUACGCUUCCCAGUUUGUUGCAGAGCAUGACAGCGUGCUGGGUUGGAAGACGUUGCUCGCUUCUUGCGACGUUCGAUGGAAUAACCUGCUCACCACGUGGCUGGCGGUGAAGGACGCCUCCUUCCUGCUCGUCAGCAUGCGGAAGAUAAAGAAAGUACGAAAGCAGAAGUUUUCCGAACCAAAAGACCACUCGGACGGAACGCCGGGUACUACGGAGCAGAACGAACUUCCUGAUUCUAAUGAUCUGAUGGCGCAAGAGGGCGAAAUGAUGGAAGGAAUUUUGAAGCGCGGGGUGAAUUUCAUGCUCCAGCUCUGCAUUCACGAUGUUCGUCGUACUGUCCGGCGAGCCUCAUACAAAUAUGUCAAUGAUCAAACGGCACCUUUUGAAGAGCAGUGUCUUCGUGCCAAAGCACUUGCGGAUUUGGGGCAAAUUUUCACAACAGCUGCAAACGCGGGUGAAGAUGUUCUCGUCGAUAUUAAGAGCCACAUACAGGACGCCUACAUCAAGACGGCUCACCGUAUGGAUGAAAGAGAGCACGGACCUUCUGCAGAGCUAGUCUAG